AUGCCUCUCGACACCUCCACGACAUAUCCUCUGACCAAGCUGCGGCUUGAUGGUCGCCGAUGGAACGAAUUGCGACUCAUCCAAGCACAAAUAUCGACCAACCCCGCGAGUUCCGGGUCCUCAUUCUUCUCGAUGGGCAACACAUCAAUCAUGUGCUCCGUUCACGGUCCUGCUGAGGGUCGCCGAGGAGACGCAAGCGGCAGCGCCGGGGGCGCGGGCGCCAUUGUUGAUGUGGAUGUCAACGUUGCAGGAUUUGCUGGUGUUGAUCGCAAGCGUAGAGCUGGUGGAAGUGAUAGACAAUCUUCGCGGAUUGCGACGACGCUACGCUCGGCUUUUCAAUCACACUUGCACACCUACCUUUACCCUCACAGCACCAUUAGCAUCCAUGUGUCCGUCCUAUCAGUCGAUGGCUCCCUCCUCGCCGCUGCCAUCAAUGCCUGUACGCUGGCUCUUGUCGAUGCCGGUAUUCCCAUGCCGGGUCUAUUGACCAGUUGCACGGCCGGCAUGAGUGGUAGCGCAUCUACGCCUCAAGACCCCCGAAACAACGAGCUAGAUCCGCUUCUCGAUCUGUCUCUGCCAGAGGAGCAAGAGCUGCCUGUGUUGACCGUUGGCACUACCAAUUCUGUUCCCGUGGGCGAGAAUAACAUGGAUACUGAUGAAGAGGAAAUGAAGGUGGCCGUGGUGACCAUGGAUUCCAAAUUACAUUGCACCUAUGUGGAGACUAUGCUGGCAGUUGGUAUUGAUGGCUGCAGCCAGAUUCGUGAACUAUUAGAAGGUGUGAUCAAAGGGUCCAGCCGAGCUUAA